UCAGCUGACUUCACCCUGGCUGCCUCUCUGGGAGGCUUAAAGGCGCUGCAGUCCGGGGGGUAGAGAGGCUUCUGUGGGCGGUGUAUGGCCCGGAGAGACGCCUGGGACAUUUGUGCAGCAGCAUCAACAGCAGAACAGCAGCAGCAGCAGCCAUAAAUGUGGAUUGUUUACACCGGUCCGACAAGCCUUUCCUGUUUCCCCGCCUCCCCGCGACUCCGAGCGGCCGCCUGUACUCAGCAGCGUAGCCGCAGAUAGCGUCAGUGGAACGGGGCUGAUGGCCCUGGUGCUCGGCCCGGCCUCCAUCACCCUCAGCGUCUGCCUCUGAGACUGCUAGAGAGCUACAAAGCCGCACUGCUACAUCUAGUCGCCUGAAGUCGUGUGGGAAGAGCAGAGAAAGGAGAGGCGGAGCGGGACUCGGGGCGCAGCAUCGCACCGUGCAUGGUGCUGUGUUGUCGGAGGGAGUGGAUGUGCAGCCAGAGCUGACCCGGAGAUGGCUGUUCUCAAACUGGCCGACCAGCCUCCUCUUAUCCAGGCAAUCUUCAGCGGAGACUCUGAAGAGAUCCGGAUGCUCAUAUACAAAUCUGAAGACAUCAAUGCUCUGGAUGCAGAGAAGCGCACUCCGCUGCAUGCAGCGGCCUUUCUGGGUGAUGCGGAGAUCACCGAACUCCUCAUCCUCUCGGGGGCACGCGUCAACGCCAAAGACAACAUGUGGCUGACCCCUCUCCAUCGCGCUGUUGCAUCUCGGAGUGAGGAGGCUGUUCGAGUCUUGAUCCGCCACUCUGCCGAUGUGAACGCGCGGGACAAGAACUGGCAGACGCCGCUGCAUGUUGCCGCAGCAAAUAAUGCGCUGCGAUGUGCUGAGAUCAUCAUCCCACUGCUGAGCAGUGUCAACGUGUCAGAUCGUGGCGGACGUACUGCCCUCCACCACGCUGCCCUCAAUGGUCACACUGAGAUGGUAAACCUUCUCCUCACUAAAGGCGCCAACAUCAACGCUUUUGAUAAGAAGGAUGGCCGAGCGCUGCACUGGGCAGCUUUCAUGGGUCACUUGGAUGUUGUGUGCCUGCUGGUGAGCAAGGGUGCAGAGAUCAGCUGUAAAGACAAACGAGGGUACACCCCACUUCACACAGCAGCCUCCAGUGGACAGAUCGCUGUGGUCAAACACCUGCUCAACCUGUCUGUUGAGAUAGAUGAGCCCAAUGCAUUUGGGAACACGGCUCUCCACGUGGCCUGUUUUAAUGGUCAGGACGCUGUUGUCAGCGAGCUGAUCGAUUAUGGGGCCAAUGUCAGCCAGGCCAACAACAAAGGCUUCACCCCACUGCACUUUGCUGCUGCCUCCACACAUGGAGCGCUCUGUUUGGAGUUCCUGGUCAACAAUGGGGCUGAGGUCAAUGUGCAGAGUCGGGAUGGGAAGAGUCCUCUCCACAUGACUGCGGUUCAUGGGCGUUUCACUCGAUCCCAGACCCUCAUCCAGAAUGGCGGGGAGAUAGACAGUGUGGACAAGGACGGCAACACUCCACUUCACAUUGCUGCCCGCUAUGGCCACGAGCUCCUCAUCAACACGCUUAUCACCAGUGGAGCUGACUGCACGAGGCGAGGAGUCCAUGGCAUGUUUCCUCUUCACCUGGCUGCCUUGAAUGCACACUCUGACUGCUGCCGGAAGCUACUGUCAUCAGGCUUUCAGAUAGACACUCCAGACACCCUGGGGAGGACCUGCCUGCAUGCCGCUGCUGCCGGAGGUAAUGUGGAAUGUGUCAAGUUGCUGCUGAGCAGUGGAGGAGACCACAACAGGAGAGAUAACUGUGGCAGGACCCCUCUUCACUAUGCGGCUGCCAGCCGUCACUAUCAGUGUCUGGAGACUCUUUUGGCAUGUGGCAUUGCCAUAAAUGCCACUGAUAAGUGGGGGCGCUCUGCCCUGCACUAUGCUGCUGCCUCAGACCUGGACAGAAGACGUCGUGUUGCUCUGGAGCCAGAAAGUGAAGGCGUUCAGGCAGAAAGGGAGAAGGAGGCAGCGCUAUGUUUAGAGUUCCUGCUUCAGAGCGGUGCGACAGCCUCGCUGAAGGACAAACAGGGCUACAGUCCUGUCCACUACGCUGCAGCCUACGGACACAGGCACUGUCUGGAACUGUUGCUGGACAGAGAUGACACUCACCAAAACGACUGUGAAUCUCCAAAUGCCAGGAGCCCGAUGCACCUUGCUGCGUACCAUGGCCAUGCUCAGGCCCUGGAGGUGCUGCUGCAGGGGGAGAGAGAAGUAGACCAGGGGGAUGAGGCGGGGAGGACACCCCUGGCCCUGGCAGCUCUUCGUGGCCACUCUGACUGUGUUCACACCCUCCUCAGCCAGGGAGCAUCGCCACGCACCACCGAUAAGCAGUACGGACGCACACCUGUGCACCUUGCAGUGAUGAAUGGCCAUACAACGUGUGUGCGCCUCCUGCUGGAUGAAUCGGAUGGUGCAGACCUCGUGGACGUUGCUGACUCUCAGGGACAGACUCCUCUGAUGCUGGCGGUGGCAGGAGGUCACGUUGAUGCCGUGUCGCUGCUGCUGGAGAGGGAAGCCAAUGUCAAUGUGGCCGAUAACCACGGCCUCACGGCGCUGCACCUCGGGCUGCUGUGUGGUCAGGAGGAGUGCAUCCAGUGUCUGCUGGAGCAGGAGGCUUCUGUUUUACUCGGUGACUCGCGGGGUCGUACUGCCAUCCACUUAGCCGCUGCUCGAGGCCACGCUUCCUGGCUGAGUGAGCUGUUGAGCAUCGCCUGCUCUGAGGCACCAUCGCUGCCCCCGCUGAGAGACCACAGCGGCUACACACCGCUGCACUGGGCCUGUUACUAUGGUCACGAAGGGUGUGUUGAGGUCCUGCUAGAGCAAAAAGGCUGCCGCUGCAUUGAUGGGAACCCUUUCACCCCCCUGCACUGUGCUGUAAUCAAUGAUCAUGAGCCAUGUGCACUGCUGUUACUGGAGGCGAUGGGUUCAGACAUUGCUGGCUGCUGCGACGUUAAGGGCAGGACUCCUCUUCAUGCUGCAGCAUUUGCUGGUCAUGUCGAUUGUGUCCAGUUGCUCCUUUCCCACGAUGCACCUGUGGACAUUGCAGACCAGUCGGGUCGCACUGCACUGAUGAUGGCGGCUCAUAAGGGCAGGUCCGGGGCUCUCGAGGUGUUGUUGACCAGCGCCAGUGCCAGCCUCAGUCUGACCGACAAAGACGGCAAUACGGCCCUGCACCUGGCUUGCAGUAACGGGAAGGAAGAAUGUGUGCUGUUGAUCCUAGAGAAGCUGUCAGACACUGCCCUCGUUAAUGCCACAAAUGCAGCGCUGCAAACUCCUCUGCACCUGGCGGCUCGUAGCGGUCUGAAGCAGGUGGUCCAGGAGCUGCUGUCCAGAGGAGCCAACGUUCAGACGGUGGAUGAGAACGGUCUGACGCCUGCUCUGGCUUGCGCUCCUAGCAGAGAGGUGGCUGACUGUCUGGCUCUCAUUCUGGCUACCAUGAUGCCUUUCUGCUCACCUUGCAGCUCCGGAGCUCCCUCCCCAGGGUCCUUGUUGAGGCAGCUGCCCCACCAGGGGGGUAAAAGCCUGGGCACUGGUCCUCGGGGGCCACGCAGCCCCAGGAACCCUUCGGGACCAUCCAGUGAGGGAACCACAGAGAACGACUCCGAGGACUCAGAAACGUUCUGACUCCCCCUGAACUGACUCUCUAGCUUCCUACCUCGAGCGGUGCACCUGAACGUCUUACCUCUCUCCUCCUGGAGGAACGAUGCAGUGUUUGAGUGCACGACUGAGGGAGAAGGAUAGAGACUUGGUCAUUUAUAGAGCUCAAUAAUGUUCAAUAUUAAAUAAAUAACCACAUGAAUAACUUGUGGAAAAUACAUGAUCAUGAGAGGAGUUAAAAUAGAUGGUUAAUAUAUUUAACACAGUUUAUUCAUAUUUCUCAUGUCUUCUGUUUGUUUAAUAUUGAACCUUUGGUGCUCCACAUGCAGUGUCUACAUCUGUUCCUCGUGUGGGGAACGUGAACAGCAUCGCUCUGCUUUGACGCCAGGCUGGAGGCUCUGCAGCUUUUUUUUUUAGUGCUCUUUUUAAAAAAAACAAAGAUGGGAGCGCCUGCACUGCCCAGGACUGACUGACAGGAGCCCAACGCGGCGCUCCGUGAACACAAACCCGAUCUGGCCCAGUUGUGGUUUGGGUCUGCAUGCUUGUGUUAAUUUACACCACGGUUCAUUCUUUCUACUCACGGGUGCUUAAAUCCAAACCGACCUCGGUACUUAGUCUCUGCGCGGCGCAGCAGCUCGCCUCUGAGACGCGUUUUGUCUUUUUAAAAGAAGCCAUUUUUAACUGUUUGUACAAAAUGAAGUAGACUUAAAAAAAUCAAAGUGUAAUUUUAAAACUUUUUAUGAUUUAGGCUUGUUGUACCAAAUAUUUGACUCCCACAAAUAAAUAAUUAACAUGUGCUGAAGGGUCACAGGUACAUAGAGCUUGUUUUUAACUGUUUAACAGCUAAAGCACAAAUUUGUAGGUUUUUGUGAUGAAAUGUGGAUAGAAUGUGAAUUCUAUGGCCUCUCCACGAGGUGUUAGUAGUUCAGAUGUAGACCAGAAUAGAGGACACUUGGUACAUCUCCAUUUCCUUAACAUGCUUUCUUCCCACUACGGAGAGAAGUUUAGAAAUCUGUGUAAGCCACCCAUGCUCCAACAAGAAGGGUGAAAUAUUUCCAAAGUUAAUAUUCUCAAACACUUGGGCACAAUGCUAUGAUAGUCUAUUAAUGUUUUAAGCAGUGGCCCACCUCAUUGCCUUGAGCUAUCAUUAGCCUAAAACAGGAUUAGCAUAAUCCAGAAGAACCUCUUGCUGGGUUAGAUUGUUAGCGUAAUACUUUUCACAUACAAAUCUAGCAAUUUAACUCUUUAUUAAUCUGAAAAUAACAGAUUUUGUGAUAGUAUAAAGCCACCAACUAUGUGCUGCUUUCAGGUGGACUAAAAGUAGUAGAACUGGAAUAAUGAUUUGGGGUAACUGAACGAUUUCCAAAACAUCCAAUAUAUUAACCAUCAAUAUGUAGUGCAUUAAAAUCAGCUUGGUGACAUUUCCCUGUGUGGUGUGGCCAACAUCAGGAGUAGACGGGUGGAGUGUGUCACAGGUGGGGUUGUAGAGAUUAACCAUGGGGGUUAAUGGGGGUCACUGCUACCGUGCUAAAGCAGCAGUCGGUGUUCUUCUAGUUUAAAUUCAGGCUGAAGGUCACAGGUCAGUUCACCACUUGAAGCAAUGUGUGGAAUGAAGUCAUGUGUCACCAUUAAAGGAUCAUUUUCCAGGUCAAGGGUAAGGAGCGACGUAAUAAGGGAAUGGAGAUGUACCCAGUGAUGAAUACAGGGUUCAUAAGGACCAGAUUAAAGGAUGAGAUUAUGAAUAAGAUUUAUGCAUUUUGUCCUCUGGCCUUGAAUGGCCAUCUGCACUGUUUCCACUCCAUGUGUAUCCCUUCCUGUUGUGCAUGCUUGCACAUUUUGUUGUCCAGGGUAGCAAAGUGUUUUUUUAUUUACUGUAAUGUUUAAUCAUGGAAGCCCAGAUUCUUAACAAAGACCAAAUUUCUGAAGCAAUGAAAAGCUCUUUUAGCUCUGUUCUUUGUGCUAUUUAUUAUCUAUUACAUGAUGGUACAAAUACUGCCAGCACUUAAAUGUAAAAUAACACAGGGCCUCACAUUCCUCCCCUCUGUUUGUCCACCUGCCAGCUAUGUGCCAUUGUUUCCGAUGUGUCCAGUGCCUUGAUGAUUUCUUUAUCUUUUACAACGUAUCCUGUGUUAGUACUUUUAAAGGAUGAGUUCACCGUUAUUGCAAAAUAAUAAGUGUUAGUGGUACUGAGUGGUGCAGAUUUUGUCCAUGCUUUGAGACUCAGACUUCUGCCAGCAGCAGGGUGGAGGCUGUUUUAUUGUUUGUGGAGGAUUUUUUGCCUUUUGGUACACGGCUCGAUACCCAAGGAGUGUAGCAGACAGCUGUCAGUGCUGCUCAAUGGGAAAUAAUGUCUCUAACUAGCCAUUGAAUCCUCAUCAGGAGCUGCUAAAUGGAACUGAAGGUGAAGCUCGAAAGCCAACGUGUGCUGUGAAAACCAGACUUGAUGCUGCUGAAGGUCACGUGAUGUGAUGGGAAGCUGUGGAAGAGUUAGUGAAUGGACCUUUAAGUGGUGGGGAUAAUCCACAGAGCUCACUGUAAGAAGAAAGAUGGGGAAAUGACUGAAACAGCGAGUCCAUAGACGGAAAAUUAGUUUUAUUUAAUAACUGCCUCCUUUUUAUAUAAAAAUACCAGCAAGUAUUUGCUUGUUUUCUUUCUCUUGUGUGAAAUUAAAAAAAAAAAUUCUUAAUUUUACAAUGGAUGAAGGAAGAUUUCUGCCACAAACAAUGAGUCCUCUCUCUGCUCCUUGGAGGUGCAAAUCUUAAAACCUGGACUAAAGAAAGUCAAGCGUCACUCGGCACCACCAGGUACCAACAGUUUUGUUAAAAUCAUGUGAACUUAUUCUUUAUUUUAGCGAGUGUAAUAUGAGUUGUUAAGUUGCUUUGAAUGACAGUGUUUGACACAAGUUUCACUCGAGCAUUUUCUCUCCUUAAACCUGUGAGGUCUAAGUCGUCAUGUGUAGGAACACUUACCCUAAUCCCAUUAUUUUGGAAAAGGCAAAAAGUGAGUGAGGAGGUUUUAGUGUUUCAGUUAAAAUGAGGAUUUCUUUGGUCCCCGAUUGCCCAGACUUGGGAGAAUAAAGUAGUAAAAAAAGGUCUGAUUGCUGAGGGUCAGGGUCAUCACCAGUGGCAACUUAGACCUCAGAGGGUUAAAGGCUGGUGAUUUUCCCCUCCCCCUAAUUUUAUUGUCAACAAAUCCACUGCUGCAUAAGCCCUUUGGUUCCUAAUGAAGAGUCAAAUGAUUUCCACAGAAAUGUCCUGAAACUUUCCAAAGAACUAAAAGUCUCUUUGGCUUUAUGUUGUCUGUGUUUCCUCUGCAGUCUGAAGGUCAAGUCAGAAAGAAUUAUUUUUUAUUUUUAUCAGUUUGUGUAGUAUUUGUCUCACCAGCUGAUUCCUGUUGAUGUUAGAGAGGCUGGAUCACAGCAUUAGAAAGCAACAGUAAUGUUUAAAGGAAAAAAAUGUGAGAGUGAAGAAAACAAAAUGAGCGGAUGCAAAGACUGUUGGGAAAAGGACAAUCUACAGCAGCUUCGAAUGGCCCUGAUGUACAAAACCGUGAUGACAUUAAAGUCAGACCUCAUACUGUCAUUAAUACUCACCUGGUUUUACACUUUGGGAGUAACUGAAACGGUGUAAACCAUUUUGAAUUCCAUUGUAAAUCCAAAAAAAAAAAAAAACCUUUGUAGAAAUAAAAAAUAAAUGUAAAUUUCUUGAUGAACUUAAAAGUGCUUUGGAAUCCAACUCAUAUUUUUUAGUUAAUAUAACAAGAAUCUCAAGGAUUUUCUUAAUUACACAAAAGCAGCAUGAGUACAUGUGUGUACCUGUAAGUUAUUGAAUCAGAAACUGCAGUUACAGAUAUUUCAGUGCAGCUGUUAUUACUCUGCACUGCACACUCCUACCUGGGCCACCUCAGUGAUACUCAGCAACCAGCUACCCACUCUUCUCAUGUGUGGAUAGAGGUCCACAGAUCGGGAUUUCACCAGCAUGUUAGUGUUAAUUUCUUUGCACGUUUAUUUCUUUGAAUGCUGGAUUACUUGUUGAAAUUCCACUGUGGGCCCUGAUCAUUUUCAUCAUUUAAACUUUGAUUUCCCGGGUGGAAGUGCUGUUAGUGUUUUAGUCUCCUGAGAAAGCUUCUUCAGAAAGAUUUGGGCUUUUGCUUUCAUUAGUACACGAGCGAGUAUUAUUGCAGCAGGAUCGAUUCGAACUUUGUAAUUUAAGGACAACAGUGCAGCUCUGUGGCUCAGAGGAAUGAGUUAUUGGGCUUUAAUACAUUUUAGUUUGCAGUCAUUUGUUGACAAUAAAAUAUCUCCAGCCUUGUGUGUGUGAGUGUGUGCUAGCUUUAGGUACUGAUAUGAAAUCCACUCGCUUCUUGUACAUUAUGUACUGUAAGGAAAUGCUUUGUAUGAAGAAAAUCUCCAGCCCAGAUGGUUUUGUUUGACUUUGGAUUAAAAUGGAAUGACUCAUGAAUCCUGUUGCUUGAUAAGCACAUAUAUUGUUAGUAAGCACAGUCUUCUCUGCCUCUGCUGUCCCUGAACGACAGAGCCUGUCUGCCAGUAUUAUAAUUCAACUAGAAAAUGAGCUUCAGCAGGCCUGACAAUCGCCAUGUGAUUUUCAUACCAGUUCCUGAUGCAGUAUGACAUGCAGGGGGCUGUUUGUCACCUACACUUUGUUUUAUAUCAACUGUACAACAAUAAAAAUCAGUUUGGAGUUAAA